CACCAGACCAACCCUAUGGGUCAAACCUGGAGGGCACGCAGGCCUGGGGGACGAACAGGAGUGGCCUCUCGCAGCUGAACCUUGGACUUUUUGUUUGUUUGUUUGUUUGUUUGUUUGUUUUCCCUCCUCUCCCAGGUUUACAAAGUUAAAGUGUGGAGAUGCAGACCAUCCAGUUGAAGACCAAGAUUCUGCGUCUGAUGAUUUUGGGCCUGAUGAACGUCCUCCUCUUCAUCCUGGUGGACAUAUCCAUGAAGUACACCCAUGGCAGGGACCAGAACAGUAAGGUUCGAAUCCCGUCGACGCGCUUCUGGAAGAAGCUCACGGUCAGUGAGGCCUUCUGGAACCGUCGGCAGCAGCUGCUCGACCACAUACACAACCCGCUCUUCGCGUCGGCAAUCGCCGCGGGCAACGACACGCUCAUGGACGCCGCCACCAUCCCAGCGGGGAUACUCGCCUGGAUAAACGACACGAGUCCCGAAGACCCCUGCGCACCUGACCACAGCGUUGCGUCGAGAGUGAAGGACUACGAUCAGCUGCCGCAGCGCUUUAAGGACUUCCUGCGGUACAUGCGGUGCCGGUCCUACCCCAUGGUGCUGAACGUGCCGGACCUUUGCCAGGAGCCCCCGUUCCUGCUCCUGGCGGUGAAGUCCCUGUCGCCCCACUUCGACCGACGCCAGGCAAUCCGCCAGUCCUGGGGCCGCGCGGGCACGUUCGCGGGGCAUAAGGUCGUCACGGUGUUUCUCCUCGGCAACGCCGCGUCGACGGAUCACUUCCCGGACCUGUCGGGGAUGGUGCAGCAUGAGUCGGCGCUCCACGGCGACAUCCUCCAGUGGAACUACCGUGACACCUUCUUCAACCUGACCGUCAAGGAGGUUCUCUUCCUGGAGUGGCUCCACCACAGCUGCCCCGGCGUCAGCUACAUCUUCAAAGGCGACGACGACGUCUUUGUCAACACACACCGCAUUCUGAACUACCUGGGCGGGCUCCGGCGCUCCAAGUCCCGGGACCUCUUCAUCGGCGACGUGAUCACGGGUGCCGGUCCGCACCGCAACAAGAAGCUAAAGUACUACAUCCCCGAGAGCGUCUUCCAGGGCAACUACCCACCGUACGCUGGCGGAGGGGGAUACAUCUACUCGGGCGAUGUGGCUAUGCGGCUCUACAACGCCUCGCAAAAAGUCUCGUUGUACCCCAUCGACGACGUCUACACGGGCAUGUGCCUUCAGAAAAUUGGCCUGCUGCCAGAGAAGCACAAGGACUUCAAGACAUUUAACAUUGAUGAGAAGUACCGGGACAAUGCUUGCAUCUACAGCGCUCUCAUGCUUGUCCACAGUCGGACUCCACAGGAAGUUAUCCAAAUCUGGUCCUGGUUACAGGACCCUGGCCUGAGAUGUCAGGCUGUGACUAAGGUUGCUGGAUAAGACUUGCUAACAACUUUUUUAGUCUUUUUUGCUGGCAGAACCCACCCCCCCCCUAAAAAAAAAUAAUCCAUAGGGUUAUAAUGUAAAACGUACGCCGGCAGCUGCAAAAAAGACACUUAGUCUGAACUUAGACCCUUAGAGCACUAAGUAACGUUUUGGAUGCUUGUGGAGUAGGGUGGAUUGGCUUCUAGUAGCAUACACACUUGAGAGCAAGUUCACUGUCUCCUUGGUUGUUUGGUUUAGCCAGGGUAUUUAUUUGAUCUAAUUAUUGUUUUUUAUUAUUAUUAUUAUUAUUAUUAGUUAUUUUAUAAUUGCCUUGUGUAGCCUACCAUUUUGCCUUGUAUGGACAAUGCUUGUGACUUUGGACAGCAAAUGGACAAUACUUGUGAAUGUGAACAAUACUUGUGAUAAGUGGCUGGCUUCUCUCCCCUUAUUCUGCUAAUUUUCUGGUCAUCAUUACGUUGACAGUCUCUCUUACAUGUCUUGUGAUGUGAUAACUUUUUCAAAAUGAUAUUUCGUUUUCUGAAAUUUGUACAUCAUGUGUAUGAAAGCUAAUGGGUGAUCUUUGCACACUACCCCCCACUUUUGAAUUCACAUUCAAAAUGUUUUAUUUGAAUUAAUUGUUCAUUUUGAGAAAUGUUGGUACACUGGAAUUAAAAGAAAACUUAAAAAAAACAUGACCCAUAACCUCACCAGUCAUGGUCAUGCUUAUUGUCCUUAACAGAUGUUUCACCGUGCCCAAAAUCUUUGAGUGUGUUGCUGGAUAAUUUAUUCAUCAAAUUUAUUUUUAAUUUGUACAUCAAUAAAUGUAAUAAAUUCCUCAAUGAAUAACCAUUAAUAGUAGGGGCGGUGGUAGUGUAGUGGUUAAGGAGCUGGGCUAACAUGCAGUACCCUGUAAGUCGUGGGUUCAAUUCCCAGCUUCCAUCGUAGUGCCCUUGAUAGACUUAAAUAGACUUCAGGUGGGUUGGUGGUCUUGACAGCCUGCUUAAUGUUUGUCUUCGAAGAGCCUAAAAGGCUGAUGUGUGUGAGUGUGUGCUUUUCUGAACAUGACAAAGAGAUUAAGCCUUAUUUUUUGUAUAACAAAAUGAAUAAAGUCUGUAAAACAUG